AUGAAGGAAUUGUUCAUUAUAAGUUUUCUGUUACUAUUUCUGACUUUCGCAGAACAAAUUAACAGCCAUGAGGAUGUGCUUGCAAAAUUAAACGUUCUUGAACGCACUUUAAACGAUCUAAUGGAUUUUACCUACAUUCAGAAAGAACGAAAUGAAGAUCUAGCACUCCGGAUUCUACAGAAUCAAAAAGAAUUCAAGCAAACGAAGGACCAGUAUAGUAGAAAAAUACAAGCUCUGGAAACUCGUGUACGUAAACUUGAGGAUAUUACAAAGAGUCAAGAACGUGAUCUUAUGAUACAGAGAAAAAGUUCAGUAGGAGAAAAAAGUUUUAUUACCCAUUUAAAACACCGACUUGCAAAAGUGGAAAAAAUCCAUGUAUCACAGUUUCAAAAUCCAUGUGACCCAGAAAAUAGUUCCCGUGUAAAUGCCUCCAAAUCCUUAUUGAUGGACAAUAUCAACGCUGAGAGAAUUCAAAGUGUCUAUGUGUUUACCUGGACUUUUCGAUCAGGGAAUGGUGAUGGCCACUCAGUUCAACUCAUGAUAAAUACAGUUGAAUAUGGAUCUGUUUAUCAUCGCACACUGCAUAUUGUUGAGGCAGAAGAGACAGGAAUUGUUGUUGCCCAUGUUACCACUGGAGACAAUGUACGAGGGUUGUCCGUAAAGGUUUGUGUUGAAAGUAGCGACGGGGAAGACUAUAUAUUUGAAAACAUAAAUGCUCUUCCAAACAACCUGAGCGACAAGAAAGACGACAUGAUGUACAUCCUGAAACAACAAAAUAAAGAUCUAGAACUCAAACUACAUGAGGACAAAGAAAAUUUUGAGCGGAUUAAAAACGAACUUUAUCAAGCGAUAAGCAAUCUGGACACCCGCUUACGUACAUUUGAGGGUGUUAUAAUGGACCAAAAUCGUGAAAUUAAUAAACUAAAACAGGAAAAGGAGGACGAUAGGAGGUAUAUCAAUCGAUUAGAAAAGCGCCUUAUUCAACUGGAAAAUAAAUUUGAAAAACGAGAUGAAGAAAGGAACUCUUCCUGUGAAAAGGCUAUAGAAGACAACAGAUCAACUAACUACAAGAACGUCGAGAGAAUCCAGAAAAGACUACUCUCCCCUCCAACAACUUCACAUGGUUCUAUAGCGUUUUAUGCAUACAUGUCAGCCUGGUUACCGUCACCAAACACACACCAGGUGCUGGUCUUUGACGAUGUCAAAACUAAUAUCGGAAAUGCUUAUCAUCCAUCGACUGGGCUAUUUAUAGUUCCUGAAUCGGGUGUAUAUGUCUUCACAUGGACGUUUCGAAUGGGAGGAUCUCGCGAUCAUUCAAUUCAACUACUGAUAAACAAAGACGUAUUCGGUACGUUGUAUCUUCAGACAGUUAAUGGUCUAGAAGCACAGGAGACAGGUAUUGUUGUUGCCCACGUUAACGCCGGAGACGACGUUUACGUAAGAACACAUGCUACGCUUACCUUAGGUACGUCGGACUACAUCCAGAGCAACUCUUAUGGAAGAACGUCUUUUGCCGGGUGGAAACUCUUUUAAAAUAAGAAGUGUAUUCUUUCGAUACUUGUAUCAUUAAAUUA